ACGCUUAGGUUAAGGCACGAUGAUUCGUGGAGUUGGAGAGGAGGGCACUUACCAAACACUAAAUGGAGGAAAAUAAGACGUUAUUUUUAAUGUUGUCCAUUUGACUAUAAACGAUUUAGGACAUCUGUGGUGUCACGAAGGUGAGAAGAAAAUCUAUUCACCAAAACAGUGCUCUGAAGGAACAAUGGAAUGCUUCAAAUUUACUUGCGAGUUCGUCGCCCGUGGAUGCGGAGUGUCCUUGCUGACAUCGGCGGUCGGCCUGCCCAACGAGAGCUGCUAUCAGGCAUUGCAGAUAUGCCAGGGCCUCUUCGGUACUGCCGACUGUCGAACUUGCAACGACAAGCACAUGUGCAACUCCACCGUCGUCACGACGUCGUUGUCGUUCUUAUCCCACUUGGAUAUAUAG